UCCUGGAACUGUACUUAACUGUGAAUGGAUUUCUCCCGUUUACCUCAUCCCUGAAAUUCCUUUCUUAAACUCACUUCAUUUUGAGUUCUGUGUAAUGCAACCAAAAUGACAGAGAGUAUGUUAUUAAUCUGCAUCCUUCUGCUGAGCAUCAGCUUGUCUGCUGGUCAAGAAGAAGGUUUUACUAGAUUGGUUGGUGGUCAAGAUUCCUCAGAGGGGCGUGUUGAGAUCUUUCAUAAUGGUGCUUGGGGAACUGUGUGUGAUGACAACUGGGAUAUGAAUGAAGCCCAAGUGGUGUGUCGGCAGCUCCGUUUCCUCGGUGCAAAAGAAGCUCUGCAAUCAGCUACAUUUGGCAGCGGGGAAGGCAACAUUUGGAUGGAUGAUUUAGGGUGUGGUGGGACAGAGACACACCUGCUUCAGUGUCAGUUCCCUGGGUGGGGGGUCCAUAACUGUGGUCAUGGUGAAGAUGCUGGUGUCCGAUGUGAAAAUGGCCCAGAACCUACCAACAGAGAUCUCAGCUAUGUAUAUGAUUUGGACCACAACACAAGCCUCUCUCACCAGCUUGGGGAACUGUUUGACAGUGGAGAUGACUGUGAUAUCAACAUUGUAGUGGUGGUGGACAACAACACUGUGGAGACAAUCUGUGCUCACAAAAUCAUCCUUUCUCUAAACUCAGACCUGAAAACUACACAGCCAGAUUUCAACAGCCUCAGCAUUGAUGUUAAUUCUGACUGCAUUCAACAUGCCAACAACUUUGUCAGAUACUUCUACACAAGAAAGCUCAAAGUCACACUAUCCUCUGCUUGUUGCAUUCUCAAGAUGGCAUUUGACUGGGGUGUGAAAGACAUUCAGAAUGAAGCAGAAAAUCUUUUCAGACUGUUUCUCCCAGAGGAUGUCGUUUUUCAGAAUCAGAACUUUUUCUAUGAGUAUGCAAUUCGUACAGGUGAUGAGGCACUGCAGGAAAUCUGUCUUCGCUACCUGGCGUGGAACUGUGAGGCACUGAUCCGUUCCCCAGCCUGGACAAUUCUUCAGUUUGGUCUGGUCAAAGCUCUUCUUUCUCGGUCAGACCUUGUGGUGCGUAAUGAAACCGUCAUCCUGAGAGGCCUGGAGAGAUGGGUGGCAGCUCAAGGAAACACUACUAUUCCUGAGAGCCUUCUCAAGCUCAUUCAUUUCCCAAUGAUACCAGCUGAGGACUUAUACACACUAGAUGGCGCACAGUACCAUGCCAGUAAGUUGCAGGGUUUUCAGUUUAAUGCCCUGCCUGUCAUGAUGCUGCUCAGUCACCUGACAGAAGAACAACAUGUCUACACAUCCAGGAUUUACACAGGAGGUCCAUGGAGCUUUAGCUUCAGCACUCAGGACAUCAGUGCCUACAAGAAUUUUGGGUUCUACAGGCUUCGUGGCGAGAGCAUCAGUAGUCUGACAUCUGAUUUUCAAACACCUGUUCAUAACAGCGCUUACUUUAUUUUUCACAAGAUGCGCUGGAAAACCAGGGUAUAUAUCCGUGAUGAAGACUGCUCAAGUGAAAGUGUCUCUUGCCCUUCCUUGCCAGCUGUCAGUUUGAAGAUUCAAGAAAAGAACCAUAAUUUACCCAGUGAGAUGGAGGAACGUAUUCGUUACAGGAAUAGGCUUGUUGUUAUGUGUGAAGGCAGGUAUGUGUCCUAUGUUGAUGAAUUUAAUGGAGUUGAUGACGGGACUCUUGUAUUUGUUCCAAGUGGCACAGAGCAAGUCUAUACAUGCCACUCAAACCGGUUCUCCUACCAAGUGGUGGUACAUCCUCAGUACUCCACAAACUAGCUGUGGUUUUCAAACAUGAAUAUGGAUGAAUGAGGAACAACAUACUGUAAAUGGAUAUGAUUGUAUAUGACUUGAUAAAAUCAAUAAACUCUGUUUUGCUUA